AAUCAGUCUCUUUAGAAACUUCUCCAGGGGAAAAGUGUUGGGAGAGCUACAAAGUGGUGGUGCUUUUAUAAUAUUUUCCCCUUCCUCCUCCUUCCGCAGGAUUCUUAUUCGUGCUUUGCAGAGAACCUGGCGAUUUGGAAGAGGUAGUGGACAGGAGAAAAGAGGGGUUUUUCUAUAGUAAAACAAUUCUUGCUUAUACUUUUUUUAGGUCGGGCAGCUUUCUACCUGCUCCGUGGCAACCCCGAUCCACUUGAUGCAUUCAUAGGGAGGACAAGGAGUUCACACUUGGGUGUGAGCUUCAGUUUUGUUUUUUUUUUUUUAGUCUCCUCCCCAACCUUCAAGCAAAUUUUCCGGUGGUUGCUUUGAGGUGACCUGUCUUGUGGGGUUUUUCACUUUAAAAAAAAGACAGGUGAGCUGGGUUUGGGGGUUAUUUUGUCAUUCUUCUUUCUCCUUUCACCUGGAGAUUUUUUUCUUUGCCCUAAAUUGUUGCAAGCCUUGAUUCUUGCAACUGAGACCAGCUCCCCCAUCACCUCAAUUUUUCUCAGCACUGUUUUUUAAAAAUCCUUGGUAGAGAAAGGAAAAGGAGGAAAGCCCUUGUCUUGCUUCCGAGACAAUAGGUAGCUGGGCAGAUAUUAAGACUCGGCCCUCCGCACACACACCCUGCCCCCACAGUCUCCCCAGCCCUGCACCGUGCCCCAAGGUAAGGGGGAACUUUAGGAAGAUGAUACUGCUUACGGUGUUCCUGCUGCUGUCCGCCUGCAUCGGAGCAGCCCAAGGACUGGGCUCUUUCGUGCACUGCGAAGCGUGCGACGAGAAAGCCCUGUCCAUGUGCCCCCCGAGCCCCCUGGGCUGCGAGCUGGUCAAGGAGCCGGGCUGCGGCUGCUGCAUGACCUGCGCGCUGAACGAGGGGCAGUCGUGCGGAGUGUACACUGAGCGUUGCGCCCAAGGGCUCCGCUGCCUCCCCCGACAGGACGAGGAGAAGCCCCUGCACGCCCUCCUGCACGGACGCGGGGUCUGCCUCAACGAAAAGAGCUACCGCGAGCAAGCUAAGAUCGAGAGGGAAUCCCGGGAGCAUGAGGAGCCAACCACUUCAGAGAUGGCUGAGGAGACCUACUCCCCAAAAGUUUUCCGGCCCAAACAUGUUCACCUCUCUGAGAUGAAGGCUGAGGCCCUGAAGAAAGACCGCCGGAAGAAGCUGACCCAGUCCAAGUUUGUUGGCAUUGCUGAGAACACUGCCCAGUCCCGGGUCAUCUCUGUCCCUGAGAUGAGACAAGAGUCUGAACAAGGCCCCUGCCGCAGGCACAUGGAAGCUUCCCUGCAAGAGCUCAAAACCAGCCCCCGUAUGGUUCCCCGAACUGUUUACCUGCCCAACUGUGACCGUAAAGGCUUUUACAAGAGGAAACAGUGCAAGCCAUCUCGGGGCCGCAAACGUGGCAUUUGCUGGUGCGUGGACAAGUACGGGAUGAAGCUGCCAGGGAUGGAAUACGUUGAUGGAGAUUUCCAGUGUCACAGUUUUGAUAGCAGCAAUGUUGAGUGAGGCAUCCCUCCCAUCCCUCAUCCCUUGCCCCUCCACCCCCCCACUCCUCAGCUUUUCCCCAGCUCCCUUCCCCCACCCCAUUCCAGCCAGUGCCCCUCUCCACCCCGAGGAUGCCACUCAUUUCAUCUCAUUUAAGGGAAAAAAAUGUUUGAAGAAACUGAGGACCUCGGAAUCUUUAGCAAGUUCUCAACCUUUUGUUUUUUAAGCAACAACAACAACAGAGACAGAAUAAGCCAAGAAGACAGCCCCCUUUUUUUGGUUGAUGGGGUAAAGAGUGGGGUGGUAAGGAGAAUGAAUGGAGAAGGGAAGAGCGGAAGAAGAAAAUAGAGAGCAUGUGACAGAAGAGAAUCACUGAGAAGGACACAAAAAGUCAAGAAAAGCAAGAAAGACCAGAGGAGAAGUAAUUAGUAACCUGUAUUGGCCCACAUCCUGCUGCCAAGAGGGACCCUUAGCUGGGAAACGGUUUUGCCUGGGGAGGGCCUGAGCUAUUAGGUGGGAUCCAGCUGCUUGCUGAGGGUUUUUUUCAGUUUGGUUUGGUGAAAAGAGGAGAGAGGUUUUGGUGGUAGAAGAAAGGGCGAACCAGGGCUCUGCUCUCCUGUGUCUCCUCCUCCAGUCAGCUCCCAAGGCCUCUUCAGGCUUAUCAUUCCUCUCCCCUCACCCCCUGAUUCUUCCAAGGUUUGUCUAAAAAAUGAAAAUGCAUUCCAUUACUGUUUUAGUUUUUAACAAUCCAAACUUCUGAAUGAUCCUAGCUUGGUAGGAUUUUCUAGACAGACAUAUAUUGACACAUUAUAUGCACCUAUGUCUGUGUGUAUCUUUCAGGCCACAUACAGACAUAACCAGUCAUUACUACAUACACAGCCUUGGAAUUUCCUUUUCUUCCAAGGUGACUAAAAUAAUGCCAAGGGUGUGGAUAUGGAUUUUUUUUUCAAUUCUUAGUGUAGCCUCCACAGGGGAGGAUGGACUGGCAAAGCAUUUGUGUGGGCUUGUAUUUAUCCACAAGGCUAUAUGUCUGCAUAUAUACUUUUAUAUCUUUUUUUUUUCCUUUCUUUCUGUCUUUCUCCAAAUGGUUUGCAUUGACUUUCCAAAAGUAGUUUCAACGGGCACUGAGGAUUCUUUCCAGUCUGGCAAAGCCAAGAAAAGCCCAGAUUUUCCCCCAACACAAACCAAAAUACCAGCAUCAACUGCCUGCCGUUUGGGGGGCAGGGGGUCUCUCAAAAACAGAAAGCUCAAGCACGUGCUUCCUGUGAAAUUGUGAUAUAGAUCCAUCAACAUUUUGCAUCAAUGCUUUCCCAUGACCCUCUGGUUCUCCCGGCCUGGAUGUCUGCUUGGGCAUGUUCCCAGGCAGUUCUGUGCCUGUGUACACACAGACAUCCCUUCUUUCCCCCACACCUCCCUUUUUUAUUUCUUGUGGCCCUUCAGAAAUAACUCUGGCUUUUACACUGAACUGAGUUGGGCCCUUUAGCUCACCACCAUAACCCAAGCCACAGGUUAUGAGACAGAGAUUUGUGGUUUCCCAGCCUUUGGGUUUCAGCUGGCUGGAGACUGCAUUUUGAAACCCUCUUUCUCAGCCUUCACCUUGGGAAAGGGGAUGAAAGAUUGAAAUGAGAGGCAGCCAAGAGGGAGAAAAGUAGAAAGAGCCUAGAUCAGAACUUUGGGUUAAUUCUGUCCCUGUUGGGAAAAUAAUUAACAAGGGACUUCCCCAGUGCCUUGGAGAUGGACAGAUAGUGCUUCCUUGCCUAUCUCUUUCCAGCAUCAGAGCACAGGGGAACAGGGCAGAAGUAGGCUCCCCAGACUUCCUUCCCCACCCUAGAUGCAAGAAUAAAGAGAGAGGAGAGAAAAGGACAUGCACUGUUCCAUUCUGAGAAACUUUACUUUCCAGAGGAGAGCUAGACUCUGGCUAUCCCAAGCCAGAAGUUUCGAACAAGGAGGAGAUACCAGGAGAGGGGAAAGAACAGAAUAUGGCUUAAAUAGCUACCAAAAGUUGCUAUGGAAAUUGGAAGAGAGCUGGAGGGUCGGGAGCAGGAGGAGGAUGCCACUAUGGCAGAGCAGGUUUGGAGCCAAGGCUGCUUUCUUUUGGUCUCUGAUUCCACUCUGGUCAGUUACUUCUUCCUUCCUCAGAAGGGAGGGACAGGAUGAUGCCAGGGACAUUUUGGCUGGCAUGGGUCAUUUGGGCUGGUAAUAACAAGAAUUCUGAUCCAAGCUCACCCUCCCUCCUUCCUCUUCUGCUGCAGGAAUGGGAAAAGACAUUACUCUUCCUUAGUGGAUGGGGUAGAUUUGAGGCUAAAUGUUGGUCAGAAGGAAGCUGGCAGGGACACUGGCAGAGAAUCCAUCCCUUUAUGGAUACAUCCCUUCAAAACACAUACCUUUUACCUAGUGUCACACUCCCAAGGAGACCAACCUCAAACUCAUCCCGCCUUAAUCUGGGGAGAGCAUGGCAGAGAAGCACAAGUGUUCCAGUGGAGUUGGAAUAUUCAAAGCUGUAGAGUAUAAGGAAAUAAUCCAGAGGGAAUGGCCUUGACUCCUACUUCCCCCCAGCAGAACAUUUGGCAAGGGAGAGGAGAGGGAAAUAAACAUACUUGAGACAAAGGGCCAGAAGGGGAGCACAGCAGCAGGGCUGUACCUGGGCCUUCUCUGCCUCCCCCAUCUCUCUGCACCAAUCCUUAUUCCCACCCCACCCCCACCCUGGACAUUCCCCCAUCUACAUAGGCCAGUAUCCUUAAUCCUUUCUUACUUUGCUCUCUACUUUCUCUCUUUUAUUUUUUUUUCUCCCUGGAUCUUGAGCAAUCUAUUGGUCUGGGAUUUGCUAAGCAGAUGCUGGGGUGCCAUUUCCCCUAAGAUAAGACUGAGCCAGGAAUCUUACUUCUGUCCUCUCAUUUUCUGCCCCUCUCCCACACUCCCCUAUCUUCUGUUUCCUUAGUUUUCUCUCUCCUCUUCUCUUUUCUCUUUGACCCUCUUUUCCUUCCUUCUUUCUCCUAUCCCCUCAUUAUCCCCACUCCUUGCUUCAUUGGAUGGAAUGCUUCCCCACCCUUGGCGUCCUCAGCUCCAUCCCUAGAGGUUGGACAUAAGCUUGUCCGGUUCUCAUGAGUGAGCACCACAAGUUGCUAAACAAAUGAGGAUGCUGUGGGAAGAGGAAGUCAGUGUACUGUGAGUUCAAAGUCCAAAUAAAAGGGGGUCUUCUCUAGCUCCAGAAAGGAAAUUGAAUUCACCCUGAUCUCCUCUUCCAUCUUUCCCAACCCCCUCAGUCCACUCUUGUAGGUUGUUUUAAAAAAAAGAAACCCACCAAAACCUUGGGAAUGGAUCUACAUGGGUGGAGGCAGCUUGGUGAUACUGCCCAAAUCUACUGACCCAAACCCUAGUUAUCCCUUUGAGGUACCUAGCUCUUAGAGACUGCAUGAGGAUGUUUCUGGGAAGUAAACAUCCAGAGAUGGCCACAACUUCUGGGACUACCUGAACUGAGCGUCCCAAACAGGUAGCUUGACCUGAGCCCAGGAAGAUGGAUUGAGAGAUAAUGAAGAUGAGACAGAAGGGACACUGCCUUUUCCCAUUGGGCCCACGCCCCUGAGAGAAAGUACUUAGGGAAGACAGGUCUGAAAUGACACAGGAGUUCAUAGCUCCUAUGAAAUCUUCAUCCCUAAUUCUGGAGGUUGGCCAAUUGCCAAGCCUUUGUUCAUCAUUGAUGCUCUAGGCUCUGGGUUAGCAGGGUAUCCGGCCAGCCUCCCUACAGGCCUUGCUUAAGAAGGUUUCUGGUCCACCUCCUGCCUCACCCUUCUUGGAAGUAGAGGAGCUGCCUUUAUAUUCUUCCUGCCUCAGCCACUUUGGUGAGGGGGAAUGGGUCUGAGCUGACCUUCAUUCCCUCCACCCCAUCCCCAAGGCAAUGAGGGAGUUUGGCAAGAAAUGAAACCUGAUGCAUAUGCAUAGUUUAAACUAACAGCCAGGCAAAUAGAAGCCUGGAGACAUUCAUUCCCAAAAGAGGAGAGGGGUAUAGGAAGAUCCCACCAGGUCCUCUGUCCAUGCCCCAAUUCUCCUUCACUGUUACUGCCCAUGGUGACUCAUAGGGUAAGGGAAGGAAAUUGGGGAUGUGGAGCUGACCCAUUUCCAUCUCAGGUAGGUCAAUUAUUAUAGCAGGCAGCCUCUACUGUUUACCACAGCUACACCCAAGCCCUCAGGGGAAGGGGAGGAGGGUUUUCUCCCCGAACCCUAUUAACCUUGGGAAGGUGCCGUUCAAAAGUUAGUAACUCAUGAGUGUAGUUGGUCACAGAGAGGAGACCUUUGGUCUCAGACAGAUUUUUGGGUGUGCUAGGCAUGAUAUUCGGGUAGGGAAAAUUUUGAAAUGGGAGGGUUAGGGCUGGGACAAGGAGAGAAGGGUUUCCACCAACCAGCAACCUGGGCCUUAUACUGCCCUUGUUUGUUUGUUUGUUUGAAAAAAAAAACCACUAGUGUGCAAGGCUUUAUAUUGCACUAUCUCUCCACUGCUUUCUUAUUAGUUUUUUUAUUUCUUUUUUUAAAAAAACUUUCUUGAUUUUUCUAAUAGAGUGUGUCCUUCUGUCAUUCUUCAUAGACUCCAAUCUCUCUCUUUUUCUCUCUCCAGACCUGCAGGGGGCAAGCAGAGGGGAAUUGGGGGUGAUGGGGCAGACGGAGGAGACAUGAGGGGAAAGGGACUCCCCUAUAGUUGUGUGCCCCGCCUCAGCAUCCCCAGCCCACCCCCAGCUCCUGAUCAUUAGCAUGAGCCCUGUAUCUCCUCCUCCUAGCACCACCACCUAGGCAUCUAUAUGGAUAGUACAGUUAUCAGACAACACACCCUCAGAUUCCGAGUCUCCAACCUGGUUCUUUUUUUUUAAGAUAGCAAUAACCACAACACAUUUUACUUUAGUUCUUGAUAGCUUUUUACAUAAGUACCAUAGCUCUGUUCUCUCUUCUUUUUUUCCAAUUUUUUUAAAUAAAGAAAUACUCAUAAUCUUUACCAGUGAAAAGAAUGGAAACGUGAAACGAACAAAAAAAAAGCUCAAUGUGUGGAAAAUAAAACAAAAAAAAACCUGAAUGUGGAAGAGCUUAGCUCCUGUUUUAGCAUUUUGUACUUAAGAAAAUAAAAAAACAAAGGAUCUCACAUUUUAUUAAAAAAGUGAAGAUUGCUGUAUACUAUUUAUUCAACUUAUAAUUUAUGUUACUCUUUGAUCUUUGUCUUUUGUCAUGACAAAGCAUUUAUUUAAUAAAGUUAUGCAUUCAGUUA